GGGGUUUUAGUAAGAGAGUCAUCAAAGACCUUCAGCCAACAAGAGGAGAGUUUUCAGUCUCAUUGUGUUCGGACUCUUUUGCCAAACAAGAUGCUGCGGAGAAUCGUCCUGAUCACCCUGCUGAUAUCCUCAGUUUGUGCCCUUCACUGGGAAAUGCACAAAGAAGCUUCCAUUGGAAAUGGAUUUGAAGAAAGCUCUGGUGAGAUAGAAACAGAACAACUCCCUGGAAAGUGCUGGGCUUGCAAGUGGGUGAUGAAGAAACUGAAAAAACAGCUCUCCAAUGGAGCCACUCCGGACGACAUAAAAAAUAAGCUGGGGACGAUCUGUGAUGAGAUUGGAUUCCUUAAGUCAGUGUGUAGGAAGUUAGUGAACCAGUUCACGGACAUUCUGGUUGAAGAACUUUCAACCACUGAUGAUGCCGGAACCAUCUGUGCUAAUAUUGGUGUUUGCAAGAAACAGGCAUGGAGUUAAUGAGUUUAUAAAAGUUUAAAAAUCAUAUUUGAUAAAUAAAUUAAAAAAAUGCAUAAGGCUUUUUUGUUUUUUUGUUUGUUUCUGAAAGGCUUCCCCCCCUGAGUUACUAUUGUUCUAAACCCAGUUUGUAACCCCGGGUAUGGAACGUUUCACAGUUCUAAUUUAGAAGCAUGGUACACUCAACUAAAAAACAAAAAAUAAAUGUGUUAAAGAAACUUUAAUGUUGUGUGACAUGAUACUUUUACAAAUAAAGGAUGAUUCAAUUAGUGUUUUAUUGGUCUGUUUCUUGGUCCAUUAGAACCACACAUUAAUAUCUUGUGCCUAUUUCAAACUCGUCUCUGAAAUUUCAAUAAAAACAAAUUUACAGUAAGAAUAAAUAGAAUAUAAUUGGUUAUAGUCAAGUAUGAACAAAUAAAAAAACAGCAAACAUGCUACAGCAAACAGUAUUUACAGACAAAUGUUUUAAAGCAUUUGUCCAUUUGCCUGACAAUUAUUUUAGCCUGUCUUUAACCAAUCAUUAUC